AUGAGAUUGGAGCACAAAAAGGGGAAGAGAGAUAGAGAUAGAGAAGCGAAGAGUGGUGCAGCAGCAGCGUGAGGAGGAGAAGAAAAGAUAAGCAAAGCAAAGUAGCCUCCCCCUAAGAUCUCUGUUAAUUGUUAUAACAGGAAAAGAGGAUCUUUAGAGGAGAGAAUCAAUUUAUUUGCGGGUUCAAAAUUGCCUCUCUGUGAUUAUGGUUCAUACCUGAUUCGGCGGAAAUAGAGGAUCUUCGUGUGGAAUGGACAGGAUUAGAGAAGCCAGAAGAAGCACUAUGGCCGCAAAUGGUUUAACCCGAAGAAGACACAGGACUAACAGUCUCAGAGACUCACCAGAGGAAGAUGGAGCGAUGGAGCUGCAAGAGCCAACCAGAUUGCGAGAUCGAGGAGGGAGUGGGAAAAAGGAUCGAGAUCGCGAGAGGGAGAGGGAGAGAGAUCGAUUGGGUCGGAGCAAGAAGAGAAGGGGUGAUAGGUUGAUGCACAGUAGCAGAGAGGAUGGCGGAGAGGACACUUCGGAAGAGAGUAUCAACGACGAAGAUGACGACGACGACGACGACGGAACUAACGCCGCCGCCGGACCCAGCGCUUCCGUCAGAAUGCUUCCGCUCAACCCUUCCUCUCUCUCCAACCACCAUCGGAAGGCCGCCGAUGAGAUGAUCGGAUUCUCCGUCCCCAGAAAAGCGCGCUCAGCGUCGACGAAGAGGUCGCACGAAUGCUGGGCUUCGAGCGGCGGUGGAAUAGUGGCGGAGCAAAAUCACCGACAGCCUUCCAGUUCGCCGGUGAGGGCGCCGGCGCCGGCAUCCCCUUCGUCGUCUAACGCCUCGGUUAGGAAGAAGAUAAAGCAGAAUGGAGCGGCAAAGUUUCGACCACCCAAAACGACGACGUCCAAGUCAUCGUCCUCAGCGCAGGAUGAGAUCGAGAUAGAGAUCGCGGAAGUGUUGUACGGCAUGAUGAGACAACCUCAGGGACCGACCAAGCAAGAAAUCAUCUCCAACGAUUCAACCAAGUUCGAUUCCCGAGAACCCAAUAAAUCUUCCACCGAUGCCAAGUCACCGAUUUCCAACCCCCAAAAUUCAAGCUCUUCUGCCACUCCCAUGUCCGCCGUUGCUCCGAAGAGAAAAAGACCGCGACCGGUGAAGCACGAGGAUGAGAAUUUGAGCGUUCGAAGCAGUCCCAUUUCGUCAACGACGAAGGCUGAGAGCGAUCAGCCUGCCAAGAUGGAAACUUGUUCGUCUAAUUUGGAUAAGGGCAACGUGGGGUCUGUAACAGAGAAACCGGCGAAUUCUCAAACGGUUCAGGCGUCGCCGGAGCCGGCGAAGACUGAGAGCAACGCCUCGCCGGAGUCUAAAGCGGAGGAAGCGGAGAAGCAGAAAGAUGUGGGAUUGAGUGAGGUGGUGGCUCCUCAGUCGUCACCCAAGAAGGAAUCUCCUGUGCGACAUGUAGCAGAUGAUGACCGUGAAGAUGUGAAAGCGACUAAAGCGAAUCCGUCCAUGUCCGAGAGUGAAAAUCAGCGAGAAGAGAAGAUCCAGAUAGAUCUGAUGGCGCCACCACCUCCAUUGAGGUCAUCUCCGGAAAGGGAUGUGGAGAAUAAUAUGGUGGUUGACGCAGAAAAGGAAGUGAAGUCUGCGAUGAAGGAGGACGAUAAAGCACAAAGAAUGAACAAGGAAGAAGCAAUGGUUGUGGAGAUGGAGAAAAUGAGAGCGAGGGCCGAAGAGGCUGAGUCGCAGAAACCGGGUAUCUUGCAGAAAGAAAGAGGAAUUGAUUUGCAACUUGAUUUGGAGAAAACUGAUAGGAUGGAUACUAGUGGCAAUGUCGGUAGUAAUAUUAACAAGAAGCAACAACAUCAGAACGUUCAGAGGCAGCAGCAGCAACAACAAACAAACUCAGAGAAAAAUGUUCAACCCAAUUCUGUGCCUCUACCAUUGUCUGUUCCCAACUGGCCUGGUGGGCUUCCUCCCAUGGGAUAUAUGACCCCUCUGCAAGGAGUUGUAUCCAUGGAUGGGACUACUGUGACAUCUGCAGCUAUACCGCCUCCCCAGAUUCUUUUUAAUCAGCCUCGGCCUAAAAGGUGUGCAACGCAUUGCUACAUUGCUCGCAAUAUAGCAUAUCACCAGCAAAUUGCGAGGAUGAAUCCAUUCUGGCCAGCAGCAGCAGGUUCUGCUUCAUUAUAUGGGACUAAACCAAACAGUCAUAAUGUUGUGCCCCCCACAGAGUUGCAUGCUAAUGUUUCCGGUAGGGCUGCAAACUCUGCUCAGGACAAAGGGCACGGUAUUGCCAUGUUUCCGGGUCAUAUUGCUAAGGACAAAGGCUCUCAGCCUGCCAAUGUGGAUAAUUCGUCCAGAAAGCAAAUUUUGCUUCAGCAAGCUUUGCCUCCAGGAGCAGCACCUAGUAAUAUCUUGCAUGGCCCUACAUUCAUAUUCCCGCUGCAUCAACAGCAAGCAGCUGCUGCAGCAUCUGUUAGGCCUGGAUCUGUAAAGUCUUUGCCAGUUUCAAGCAAUGGUGCACCAUCCAGUGCGCCCAAUUCUGCCCCACCAAAUGUUUCUGGCACAGGCGCUGCUGCAGCCGCCCCAACAAUGAGCUUCAGCUAUCCAAAUAUGCCUGGCAAUGAGACUCCGUACUUGGCCAUUUUGCAGAACAAUCCUUACUCGUUUCCAAUUCCAACACAUGUUGGUGGUCCACCUGGGUACCGUGGAACCCCUCAUGCCCAGGCUUUUCCAUUUUUCAAUGGCUCUUUCUAUUCUUCUCAAAUGCUACAUCCUUCACAGAUGCAACCGCAGCAACUUCCUGCUCAGUCACAACAGCAGAACCAACAGGGCCAUCAAAAUACCAGUAUGUCUAGUGGAUCCUCCUCGUCUCAGAAGCAGCACGCCCAGAAUCAACAACAAAAGCCUAAUAAUAAUGCCACUGGCUCCAAUGGCGGUGGAAGCUUGCAAGGCUUUCCCGUCACCAAAAACCCACCAACACAGCCACUACAGUUGCAGCAGCAACCGCAGCAGAGGCAGAAUCAUCACACUUCUCAUCCAGUUCGCCAAGUUGAGUCUGAGAUGGGUGGUGAAGAUAGUCCAUCUACUGCUGAUAGCCGUCUCACCCGCUCUACCAUAAAUACGAUGAAUAUUUAUGGCCAUAAUUUUGCAAUCCCCGUCCCUGUGCAGAAGCCAAACUUUUCUUUGAUGACACAGGCCACAAUGAAUGGUGCUACUUCUAAUGGUGCUCACAGCGAAAAGAAGCAACCCCAGCAGCACCCUGGUUCGAAGGCUGGAGGUGAAACAUCUCCGGCAUUUGCCAUGUCUUUUGCAUCCAUCAAUGGGGCGGCUGGGGCUCCUGGCCUUGACCUCUCAUCUAUUGCACAAAAUCAUUCCAUCAUGCAGAGUAGUCAUAAUUAUCAUAUAAUGGCAGCAGCACAAGCUGCCAGUGCUCAGCUGAAAAAGAGUUAUCAUGCCCCUGAGGAAGGGAAAAAUGUGGUUAAUUCUUCUAAUCUUGACGAAGAUAGAAAAGCAAUGUCUGGAAAAAUUCCAACAACAAUGGCGCAAUCCAUCGCAUUCGGAAGGCCGGAUGUAUCCGAUCCCUCAAUGGCGGCAUUGUCCGGCGGCAACAAUGUCAUAGAUACUUCAGGUCGUAAUCUCAAUCUUGGUUCUGCUUCUUCCCGGGGUUCUGCUUCUGUUAUGCCUGCUGCCAGUACUCAACAACAAAUGCAGCGAAAUCAACAGCAAAUGCUUCAGCAGCAUCAGAAGCAGAACCAAUUUGCUGCAGCAGCUCGCAACAAGACCCCAUCAACAGGCAAUGGUAGUGUCUAUUCUGAUAACCUCCCUUCUACAUCCUCAAUGGCUACCAAGUUUCCCAAUGCUGUAUCGGCAUUUCCUCAAAGCCUUGUACAGAGCAGUAAUACCAUUGCUCAGUCGCCUCAGUGGAAGAGUUCUGUAAGGGCAACAACCACUUCACAAUCACCUCCAUCAAUGGCUUCAACAACACCACCCUCAUCGGUGAAAACUCUUCCGCAGCAGCAGGCCCGUUCCCAACAGCCUCACACGCAGAUAUCUUUUGCAGCAAAUCCAAAAUCAUCCGCAACACAAGUGCAACCCACAAGUUCCACCCAGUCUCCAUCACCCCCAGUCAUGGUUGGCUCACCAACAACUUCAUCUAUGUCCAAAAAUACUGGUAGUCCAAGGACCACUUCAACUUCAACAACCAACAACAAGAUAAGCCAAAGUUCUUCCUUAUCCUCUCAGCAAGCCAAGAACUCUUCUGCUGUGCCGGCUCGAAAAUCGUCCCCUGUUGGUAGACAAACAAAUCCAAAAUCAUCCGCAACACAAGUGCAACCCACAAGUUCCACCCAGUCUCCAUCACCCCCAGUCAUGGUUGGCUCACCAACAACUUCAUCUAUGUCCAAAAAUACUGGUAGUCCAAGGACCACUUCAACUUCAACAACCAACAACAAGAUAAGCCAAAGUUCUUCCUUAUCCUCUCAGCAAGCCAAGAACUCUUCUGCUGUGCCGGCUCGAAAAUCGUCCCCUGUUGGUAGCAGGAAUGUGCCAUCAAUACUCAAUGUCCCUCAGCUAACUUCCUCUUCCAGCACUGGGAGUAAAUCCGAAAUGCCACAGCAGCAACAGAAGCAGCAGCAGCAAAUGUCAUCAAAGCAGGCAUUGCCACAGCCCCAGCUUUUCUUCUCAAAUGCUUACGUGCAUUCACAAUCCAACAGCCCCACAUCCACCACCACAGCUCCAACUGGUUAUUACCUCCAAAGGCGUGGCCCUGAGCCGAUGCAGCGGCCGGGCUCUUCCGGCAAUAACUCGGCAGCAGCUAAUAACGUGAAGGGCAGCAGUGCCUUACCUACUCAGGGUCUUUUGCAUCCUGCCCAGUUUGCUGCAAUGCCACCUUCAGGGAGCCACCAUCAGUUUGUUCCUGCUGGAUUUUCUUAUGUUCAUCCUGUGCCCUCAGUUCAAGUGAAGCCUUCGGAGCAGAAACAACCUGCGGGUGAGUAGAAUGAAUAUAUUCCUUGGUUGCCUGCACCCCUUGACAUGGGAUUUUGAAGUGCAUGAUGGGGUCUUCUCGAUGGUGGGGGGAAAAUGCAAUGUUGAUGCCGUUUUGGAGAAGAUGUGGAAAAGGAACAAGCUGGAGUAGGUCAAUGCCAACGAAGAUAAAGACGAUUUGGAUUCCUCAAUUUUGGAUGGUAAAUCGACCAGACCAUUGAUGUGCCUGAAUUGUGUUUAGUCAUUUGUUUGUACCCUUGUGUUUAUAAUCUGACAAGGUUGAUCGUGAAGUCUAAUCAAAUUCGAUUGGUUUUUUUAAAAGGACGGGGUUGAUAUGGUGGGAAAAAAAGAUGUGGAGGAAAGGAAGGGAAAGAACCACCUUUUCUUCUUUUGGGGAUGUAAUACAUGUUCUUUCUCUACUCUUUCUUUUUAUUUUAUUUUGUCUUCUAGGCUACUAGAGCAGUAAAAAUCUUUUUGACAAAGUCUAUGUGGAGAAGGAUGAAUAUGUACGUGUCUGGCUGGCUGGCUGGCUGAUCAUAUAUUAUAGUAACCCUCAAUUUUAUUUUUUAAUUUAAAGAUCAAAAGAUGAUUUUCCCUCAUCCA